AUGGCGCAGGAUCCUCACCGAAUUAGCCAGCUAAUUCAGACCCUCGAAGCUGCCAAAUCAAAAGCAGGGCGAUCGAAAGGCAAAUCCGGAUUCUCUUGCAAGAAGGCGACGUUCGAAGUCGAAGGCUCCCACGGUAUCACCGUUGACUCCUGGCGUUUCAACGACUGGGACUACAAGCGGGAUGACCUUCCUACUUAUGCUCGUGGACUCUUUACUACUAGGAGAUCAGACGGCACUCCAGAAAUCGCGGUCAGAGGAUAUGACAAAUUCUUCAACGUUGAUGAAGUCCCCGAGACAAAGUGGCCCAAUAUUGAAAGGGAUACCACUGGGCCGUACGAACUGAGUGUCAAGGAGAACGGUUGCAUCAUUUUCAUGUCCGGGCUCGAGGACGGUACUUUACUAGUUUGCAGCAAGCACUCUACGGGUGCACGCUCUGAUGUCGACCAGAGUCAUGCUACUGUGGGAGAGAAGUGGAUUCAGAGACAUGUCGAAAGCGUGGGCAAGAACACGCGGCAGUUGGCGAAAGCGCUGAGAGACUUGAAUGCCACGGCAGUCGGCGAGCUAUGUGACGAUUCGUUCGAAGAACACGUUCUGGAAUAUCCUCCGGAAGCGGCUGGGCUAUACCUCCAUGGCAUCAACAUCAACCUUCCUGAAUUUGUCACUUUGUCCGGGCCGGAGGUUCACGAGUUCGCCGAUACAUGGGGUUUCAGAAAGGCACAGUAUGUGAUGAUGCAAUCGCUCGAAGAGGUGAAAGAAUUUCUCAGCAAAUGCGCCGAGACUGGCUCCUGGGAAGGACGAGACACUGAAGGAUUCGUGGUCAGAUGCAAGAAGAGAAGUCCGGAUCGGUCAAUGGCACCAGACUGGUUCUUCAAGUACAAAUUCGAGGAACCCUACUUGAUGUACCGGCAAUGGCGUGAAUGUACGAAAGCCAUGAUUUCCGGGAAACCACCCAAGUACAAGAAGCACCAGAAGAUUACCGAGGAGUACUUGAAAUACGCACGCCGGCAACUAGCCAGAGAUCCGUCGUUGGCCAAAGAGUACAACAAGAACCACGGAAUCAUCAAGAUGCGUGAUGGUUUUCUUGCGGAGAUUGGCCAGAAGGGGUCCGACAUCAUCGCAAAAGAACGUGAAAAUGGAGAUGGCGCCGGGCAUCAGUCUCUCAGUGACAUCGUCCUUGUUCCCAUCGCCUCGAUCGGAUGCGGCAAGACUACUGUGGCGACUGCGCUGGUGAAGCUUUUUGACUUUGGACUUGUCCAGAACGACAAUAUCCAGGGACAAAGAGGUCGACCAGCCCGAUUUGCCGCUGCUGUGGUCAAUGCCAUGGCAGCCCAUAAAGUGGUGGUCGCUGACCGUAACAAUCAUCAACGCCGGGAGAGACAGCAAAUUAUGGAAGACGUCAGCAAAGUGGUUCCGCAGGCAAGAUUUGUGGCUUUGCACUACGUUCAUGAGCCGAAGGAUCGGAUGCUCGACGAGAUUCGCAGAGUGACCCGCCAGCGCGUGCUUGACCGUGGAGACAAUCAUCAAACUAUUCGGGCAGGAAGCAAGAGUCCGCAGGAGAUCAUUGGCAUCAUGGAAGGGUUCUUGGACCGCUUUCAGGGCUGCGACAGGAGCACGCCGCCAGAUGCUGACUUCGACGAAGUCAUCGAUCUGGAUGUCUGUGCGUCGUCUCUCGAAAACUUGGAGACAGUCAUCACCCACCUUUACAAUGCCUACCCCGGACUUCUGCCGGAAGACAUGCCGAGUGAUGAGGACAUGCAAUCAGCGAUUGACUAUGCGAUGGGUAGUGAAGUCACGAUCAAACACGACCUCUCGUUCGGAAAGCCCGCGGGUGGAGAGAAAGCUCACAAGCAGAAGACGACCGGCGCACAUCAGCUCGAGGAAAAGCCGCUGACAUUAGACCAAUUGAUGGGCAAGCUUGAAUAUUUCAGCAUAUCAGUGCCUGCGAGGAAUAUUGAAUCCAUUCUUGGCUCAAUAUUCGACCAGGCUUCAGCCGAUGAAGCGCGGAUGUACCGUAUGUUGAAACAGUCGCGGCGCCUCCAAAAUGAAUUUCAUGUGACGUUGAUCCAUCGGGCAUCUGCAACCAAAGAUCCCAAACUGUGGGAAAUGUAUACAGAAGAAUAUCGCAAAGCCAUGGUAGGCAAAGAUCUCAAGAACAAGAAUGAGUUGGCACCAGGUCUUGGGCAAGCACGAGUCAAGCUAGAGAGAGUGGUCUGGGACGACCGAAUCAUGGCCUUUGUUGUGCGCAUUUAUCCCGGUGCUGAAGGACCUUCAUGGCGGAGUGCCAAUGCAAUCCCACAUAUCACGGUAGGAACAGCUGGCCCGGAUAUCAAGCCAAAGGAGAGCAACGAUCUGCUGGCUCAAUGGGAGUCUGGUGAGACGAAUGGAAGAUUGAUCCAUGACAAAGAAGUACCAGGCGGAGUUAUCUUGGACGGGAGUGUCAAGGCUGUGUUUCAACGCAACUUUCCGCAUGGGCGGUAG